CCCUUUUUUCAGGUUAACCGCCGUACAGUGAUAACGUUGAUGGCGGGCGCGCGCUUAUGCUAUUCAAAAUUACAAUAUUUUACUGAUACAGUGAUACCUGCAGCCACUUUUACAGCCCUAAUACAGUGGUUACCAGAGGUUAGGGUAGUACCUAUAAAAAACUAAUAAAACCUUACCUAACCUCGAAAAUUCGAGGUUGCUACGGAGUACGGACAAAGGUACAACGAACGACUCCAGCACUUCGCAAAUCGCAGGACACCAAUGUGUUGUACGUGUUGUUUCAAUUUGACCGUCGUUUUUAUUCAGUUUGUACCAAAAAUUGCACAAAUAGCAUCCGAAAAAUGGCAAAACCGAAAACAAAGAAUAUCAAAUACGCACAACGCCUAAAGGAAUUGAAAGAAAAGUUGAAACCAUACCGCAACAGACAGACUGUAAACCUACUCCGGGUGAUCACAGGAUCAUCCUCUAGAUUUUUGCAUAAGUACUGGGAAAGCUUAGAAAGUGUGUUGACUGGGCAAUACAGUCCUCAAGUUGUCAUACAGAGAAUUCAAAGUGUAGUUAACAUGAUCCUUGAGAAUGGAGAGUGCACAGUGAGAGCAGCCCACUCCAAAUCGAUAGAACACAGUAUGGUGAGCGGACAAUUUAUGCACAUUCAUAUCGACUCCAAAGCAAACGUAUCUGACAAUGUGACACAUGUUGAAACUGUCUCCAAAGCAAAUGAGGUUGACAAUGUGAGACAUGUUGAAACUGUCUCCAAAGCAAAUGAGGUUGACAAUGUGAGACAUGUUAACAUUGACUCAAGAUCCAGCAUGUUUGCAAAAGACGAUGUGCUUGGCAAUGAGACACAUGGUAACAUCAACUCAAAUUCAAAUGUGUUCGACAAUGCAAACGUGACCAACAGAUUAAGACACUUACAUAUUAAAAGUUGUAAUCCAGCAUGUUAUAAUAGGUUAUAGAAGAAUGUAUUUAGUAUAAUAUAUUUGUAUUUGAGUUAUCAUUGUUUCUUAAAGGCUCAAUUAACAGAGAGCGGGCUGCCAUGGUGUACGGGUACACUGACCGCAGCGAGCAGCGGUCCGGUUGUAUUAUUUUACAGUGCCCGCGCAGGCAGACCGCUUUCUGUUUGACUGAGCCUUUAAAAUGCUUAUGAAUAAAUUAAUCAAUGUUCUAGUACUGCUAGGCAGUAGAACCAUUUUAUUUUUAUUUUUUACUCAAGUUUUAU